AUGUUCACUCGAGUCGACACUUUAACUAAAUAUUAUCAAUGUUUAUUGGGUCAUUUUGCUAUGGCAACAAUUGUAAUUUUCGAUCAGACCGCCCAUCUCGAAGCCAGCAUUAUCGGGGGUAUUCCAGUCGCCGAAGAAGCUAGAAUUGGCUUCACUGUGUGUCUCGUGCUCACAAUGCUCGGAAUUAUCAUUGAAUUCGUGUCAAUCGUCCUUGAGAUGCCGUCAGUGGUCCGCUCCCUCUUCGCCACGUCAUCUCACACCAUCGCCACGUGUCUUUUUCUUCUCUUCAUUUACGAUGCUCACCCAGUUUCUCAUUUUUGGAUUCUUCUAGUUUUACUUUCAGCACCUUCCUUCUUUCUUGCCUUGUUGAGUUUGUUCAGAAUUGUUGGUCACAGGGGAAAACAGGGAUAA